CCCGCCAGGCCCGAAGUGGGCCGCUCGCCCGCCCCCUCGCCUCAGGACAGGCCUGAGGCGCCCUCUGACCUCCAUCUUUGUUCUGUGACCUGGUCCAGAAGGAUUUUUUUUUACACCAACUUGAACUUUGUCACUCAAGAUGAAGCAAGACUCAUCACGAAAUGCCGCCUACGUGGUAGACUGUGAGGAUUAUGUGCACGUGGUAGAAUUUAAUCCCUUUGAAUGUGGAGAUGAAGGAACGCUAAUUGCGUAUGGUGGCAAUAAUUAUGUCGUCAUUGGAACAUGUAGAUUUCAGGAGGAGGAGGCAGAACUGGAUGGGAUUCAGUAUAAGACACUCCGCACAUUUCACCAUGGAAUCAGAGUCGAUGCCAUAGCGUGGAGUCCAGAGUCUAGGCUUGAUGCUUUACCUCCCCAGAUCAGGUUUUGUACUGCCGCUGCUGAUAGGAAAUUAAGAGUAUUUUCUUCAGAUCUACAAGAGAAGAAUGAGUAUAAGGUUAUAGAGGGCCAUUCAGACUAUAUCAAUGAUUUGGUAUUUGCCCCAAUAGAUGGUCAAGAAGUUGCAAGUGUGAGCGAUGAUCAUACAUGCAGUGGCACAGCAAUAAGUACUUUACUAUUGUACUCUGUCAUUAGGGUUUGGGACUUGGAGGGGAAUCAGAAAGCUCAUUUUGUUCUUCGUUCCCCUGGAAUGAGUGUUUGCUGGCAUCCCGAGGAGGCUUUUAAGUUGAUGGUGGCGGAGAAGAAUGGAAUAAUCAGAUUCUAUGAUCUCAUUACGCAGCAGGCUAUUCUGUCUCUUGAUUGUGAGCAGAUGCCGUUAAUGUCAGCUCACUGGUGCUUAAAAAACACCUUUAAAGUUGGAGCUGUUGCCGGAAACGAUUGGUUAGUCUGGGAUAUUACUCGCUCAAGUUAUCCUCAAGAUAAGAGACCUGUCCAUAUGGACCGAGCCCGCUUAUUCAGGUGGUCAACAGUAAAUGAAAGCUUAUUUGCAACCACGGGCUACCCUGGAAAAGUGCCGAGCCAGCUUCUGAUGCAUCAUCUAGGACAUCCUCAGCCUAUCCUGAUUGGCUCCGCAUCUGUGGGAUCCGGUUUGUCCUGGCACAGGACUCUCCCACUUUGCGCAAUUGGUGGGGAUCACAAGUUGUUGUUUUGGGUGACGGAAAUGUAAAAGAGUUGUUGUGUUUGUCCACUGCACUCUCAAAUUACGUGACUUUGUAAUAAACAUUUUAAUAAA